UCCUCUGCUCGCCCUGGCGGCUGUGGCUGGGCCGCGCAUCGCCUCUAUUGUCCCGGUCCACCGCGCUCACGAUGGGCAGAAAGCACAAGAAGCACAAGUCGGAGAAGCACGCCGCCGAAGAAUAUACAGAUAAGCCAUUAAAGCUGGUACUUAAAGUGGGUGGAAGUGAAAUAACAGAAUUGUCAACAGCAAGUUUAACUCAUGAAUCUAGUAUAAAUGAAGACAAAUCUGAUCAUGAUAAACACAAAGAGAAAAAGAAAAAAAAGAAAAAGAAAACUGAAAAGGAGAAACGAGUAACUCCAGAUGAACGAAAAAGGAGAAAGAAAAGGCGGGAGAAAGAGCCUUCUGCAAGUGAACGGGAAGAGGAAGAAAGAAGUCGAUCUCCUGCAAGGUUUGAAAUGCCACCAGAAAGACACAUGGCUUCUCCUUUAAUAAAAGUGGAAGAACAUCAAACACCUUUCCAAGAGUUGCUCUAUCAGCUUUUAAGACAACUUCAGAGGAAAGACCCCAAUGCAUUUUUUUCAUUCCCAGUUACUGAUUUUAUCGCUCCUGGAUAUUCUCUGAUCAUUAAGCAACCAAUGGACUUCAGUUCGAUGAAGGAGAAGGUGAAGAAAAAUGAGUAUCAGAACCUUGAGGAAUUAAAGGGAGAUUUUAAAAUGAUGUGUGAAAAUGCCAUGACCUAUAACAGGCCGGAUACCAUUUACUACAAAGCUGCAAGGAAGCUAUUGCACUCUGGAAUGAAAAUUCUCAGCCAGGAGAAAAUUCAAAGUUUGAAGCAUAGUAUAGAUUUCAUGCAGGAUCUGGAGAAAUCCCACAAGCAGGGAGAGAAGGUGAGAACGGGAGAAUGCAGUGAGGAACACAAGAAGGAUGACAUGGAUAUCAUAUGGGAGACAAUGAAAAAUGAAGGAAUAAGAUCAGCUGAUCAGAGAAAUGAGGACAGAAGGUCAGAAAAGGAAUCUGGGGAGGACCUGCCUGGCAGUGGCAGUAACGUGAUUGACAGGGAGUUGGAAAAGGUUGAUCGUGUUAUUGAGGAAUCAGCUGGAAAACUCACACGGCGUAAAGUAAACAGCAAGUUUGAAUUCCAGAGAAGAAAAAUUGAUGGUACUACCACUCUAGGAAUUCUCAAUCCAGUGGAGCCCGACAUGGGAGAUACAAAUUACUGCCCAGUGAAGCUUGGUAUGAUGGCUGGUAGAUUACAGUCAGGUAUCAACACUCUUCAGGGAUUUAAGGAGGACAAACGUAAUAAAGUCAUUCCAGUGACAUAUUUGAACUAUGGACCAUUCAGCUCUUAUGCUCCAGUAUAUGAUUCUACUUGUGCUAAUCUCAGCAAAGAGGAUUCUGACCUCGUAUACUCAACCUAUAGUAAUGAAUCGAGUCCUCCAGGUUCCUUUAGUGUUCAGCAGUUCCUGGCAAGUAAUGAAGACUACAGCGUGAAUAUGGUGGAUAAUUUAUUGGAUUCCCUGACUAAUGGAGAACAUUCUAAAUCACUGAAAGAACUGGAACUAUCCAGCGAUAACCAUGAAGAUGAAGUGAGGAUUCUUCACGGUACUGAAGACACACAGGUUUCCUCAGCUGAGUCUCUGCAGCCAUUGGAACAUAGUUCUGGGCGUGCUUACGACAAUUUUGCUUCUCUACAAUCAUUAAUAAAUGCAGAACCUGAAUCAGCAGAGUGUAAAAUGUUUCAAAGGAAGCUUGAUGAAACGACCAAACUGUUACAAGAUCUUCAACAAGCACAGAAUGAACGAUUUGGAACCCGACCCCCGUCAGCUAUGAUUUGCCUAUUGGGACCUUCUAUUAGAGAGUUGUUACUUGCUGAGAAGGUAACUGGAAAUCUGAAAGAAUUGGCAAGCCAAGUAACUCCUGGGGACAUAACCAGCACUGCUGGAAUUCGAAAGGCCAUGGGAAUUUCAAUCCCUUUAGAAAUGAUGGAUUCUUUAGAUCCACUGUUUGGAGCCAAAAACAGCAACCAAGUGGAGGAGAUGGAAAUUGCAGAGCUGCCACAGGCUGAGCAAGCUGUUGCUAUUACUAGAGAAGAUCCUGUAGCUGUUGCUAUGUGAGAUGUCAGAUGAAGUAGAAAAAAUGUUUCAUCUCAAAACAUAAUCAGUAAUUUAAUGAUUUUGUAUGAAUUUUGUACUGUAAAGUGUAUAAUAAAUGUGGAAUUUUUUAAAAACUUUUUG